AUGGUGACUCGUAUCACUGGGAAUGAGGCUCUGCAUGAGGCUGCCAAAACACAUUUCCAAUCUCUCUACACAAAAGAUGUUCACUACAGGCCAAAAUUAGAUCAUCUCUGUUUUGACAAAGUUGGGGAACCUGCGCGGAGACUACUUGAAUCUGAAUUCGCCAAAGGUGAAAUUUAUUCCUGCUUAAAAGAUUGUGAUGGUGACAAAGCAUCCGGUCCCGAUGGCUUCAACAUGACAAUUUUCCAAAGCUUCUGGCAUGAGGAUAUGCAGUCUCAUUCUCCUCUCUUAUACUUUUGGUAUGCUGAGGCAGAGCUAAACAAUAGUUCUGGUAGUAGUCAAGAAUCACUUUCUCGUGCUAUCCAUAUUCUAUGCUGCCUUGGAAGUGGCAUGACAUAUAGUCCUUUUAAAUGUCAACCUUCCAGUUUGCAACUGCUAAGAGCACACCAAGGGUUUAGGGAGAGAAUAAAAUCAGUAAGAUCAACAUGGUCUCGUGGUGUUAUAGAUGACCAGUCUGUUGCUCUUAUUUGUUCAGCUUCACUAUUUGAAGAGGCUACAACUGGAUGGGCUGCUGGUAUCGAUGUUCUAGACCAGACACUUAAGACGGUGCUUCCAGAAAGAAGAAGCCAAAGUUAUCAACUUGAAUUUUUGUUAAAUUAUUAUAUGAAGAUGGUUCAGAGACAUUAUGACCAAUCAGGUAUGUCAAGGGUUUGGGAAUCCAUUUCACAAGGUCUGCAGAUGUAUCCUUUUAGCCCUGAGCUUUUUAACGACUUGGUCGAGAUCAGCCAUCUGUAUACAACAUCUAAUAAAUUGCGCUGGAUGUUUGAUGACUACUUUCGAAAGAAACCAUCUAUGAUCGUUUGGCUUUAUGCAUUGUCAUUUGAAAUAAUUAGAGGAGCAUCCAAGCAUAGAAUCCAUGGAUUGUUUGAGAGAGCAUUGGCAAAUGAAAUGUUGCACAAAUCAGUUUUACUCUGGCGUAGUUAUAUAGCAUAUGAGAUUAAGAUUGCAUGCAAUCCAUCUGCAGCGAAGCAAAUAUUUUUCCGAGCUAUUCAUGCCUGCCCAGGGUAAGAACUUCACUUGAUU